AUGGGGGUUAAAACCGCUGACGCCAGCAGCAAGCCUGCCGAAGAAGAUCGUCUUGCUGCUGUUCUUCCACCUAACACAACACCAUGGUGGAAACAGGGGCAUCUUCUCCAGCUCAAUUUCAUCAUCAUAUCUCUGGUUAUGUACUCGUCGGCCAACGGUUAUGAUGGGUCAUUGAUGAACGGUCUCGAGGCCUUGACCCAAUGGAAAGAGUUCAUGAACCAGCCCGCAGGAUCAUGGCUUGGUUGGAUCAAUGCUAUUUACUGGCUCGGAUGUGGUGUUGGAUAUCCCACCGCAUCUUGGAUCGCCAACCGCUACGGCCGCAAACCAGGCGUGUACGUUGGCUAUAUCUUCCUUGCGCUGGGUGUCGCCCUGCAAACCGCUUGUCAAAACGACACGACAUUUUUGUUUGCACGACUAUUCCUCGGGUUUGCAUCCGCCCUUUUCGGAAACUCCGUUCCUCUUCUCAUCAACGAGAUCGCGUAUCCAACCCAACGUGGCGUUCUGAAUUCCCUCUUCAUGUCGGGUUGGUACGUUGGCGGCACAAUUGCCGCCUGGGUCGUCUUCGCUUCACGAACAUACACAUCCUCCUGGGCCUGGAGACUCCCGUCUCUCUUGCAAGUCUUGGUUCCUCUAGUCGGUCUUCCUGGUUUCCUCAUGGCCCCUGAAAGCCCACGUUGGUUGGUCUCCAUGGACCGAGAAGAAGAAGCUCGCGCAAUCCUUGUCCGCUACCAUGGCGGCGGCGAUGUCAACUCCCCGUUGGUCAACUAUGAAUUCCAAGAAAUAAUUUCCACGAUUCGCGCGGAGAAGGAGGCAAAUAGCAACGGCAGCUAUGCCGAGAUGCUCAAGACACCGGGUAACCGUCACCGCCUGAUGAUCUCAAUUAGUCUGGGCAUGUUCGGGCAAUGGGUUGGCAAUGGUGUCAUUUCCUACUAUUUAUCCCUGAUCUUAACAUCGGUCGGUGUCACUGAAGUUCGCGACCAAACUCUGAUCUCAGCUUGUCUGCAAAUGUGGGAUCUAUGCUUCGCCAUCCUGGGUGCAUUCUUGAUUGACCGACUCGGUCGUCGACCUCUAUUCCUUGCCUCUGCCGGUAUCAUGUUCAUCAGUUAUGUGCUUGUAACGGCAUUAUCGGGCUCUUUCGCGGUGACGAAUAACACUGCAACUGGCGGUGCCGUGAUCCCGUUCCUCUUCAUUUUCUUUGCUGGAUACUGUAUUGCGCUAACACCAUUCUUGACCUCUUACCCCUGCGAAAUCUGGCCCUACCGUCUCCGAUCACGCGGUCUCACCGUGACCUGGGUUUCAACCAUCUGCGGCAUGUUCUUCAACACCUUCGUCAACCCGAUCGCGUUGGCUGCGAUUGCGUGGCGAUACUAUAUCGUAUUCAUUGUGGUGCUUUUGGUAUUUGCUGUUACUGCGUUCUUCUUUUACCCGGAGACCAAGGGCUAUUCGCUGGAGGAGAUCGCGGUUAUUUUCGAUGGUCCUGAAGGAUUGCCGAGUGAUGUUGCCGAAAUGGCUACUGGGAAUGGCGAUAUCAAGAUGGAUAAAUCGAACAUUGCUCAUCAUGAGUCGGUUUGA